AUGGUUGCUCCCACCCUCCUCAGCGGCCUCGUCGCCGCCGCCGCCCUGGCGCCCCUCGCACACGCUGCCGAUGCCGUCCCGAAGCGCCCAGAGCUCAAGGCCGCGCCGUUCAGCCCCGGUCGCGCGUUCCCGGUGUCCGCCGCGAGGACGAAGUCGUGCGCCGUGAAGCCUCUUGGCAACGGCACCGACGACAGCGCCAACAUCCUCAAGGCCUUCAAGGACUGCAACAACGGUGGCACCGUCGUCCUCGACCAGACCUACAACGUCUGCAACCCCCUGGACCUCACCUUCUUGGAGAGCGUCGAUGUCGCUCUCACUGGUACCGUUGGGUUCUGUGAUGACAUCGACCACUGGCUCCCGCGGACUUUCAAGUACGCUUUCCAGGGCUCAAGUGCUAUGUGGGUGUUUGGCGGCAAGGAUGUGAACAUCUACGGCAACGGUGUUGGUACGCUCCAAGGAAACGGCCAGAAAUGGUACGACCGGUUCGCGGACAACGCCACCCUUGAGAGGCCCAUCAUGUUCGUCACCGACGGCCUGAACGGCGGCUCGGUCACCGGUCUGAAGAUGGUCAACUCUCCUAUGUGGUUCAACCUGAUCGCCAACAGCACCGACGUGCUCAUCUCCGACAUCGACAUCAAGGUCGGCUCGACCUCGUCCAACCCCGCCAAGAACACCGACGGCUGGGACACCUACCGCUCCGACGGCAUCGUCAUCCAGAACUCCAACAUCAACAACGGCGACGACUGCGUCUCCUUCAAGCCCAACUCCACCAACAUCGUCAUCCAGAACCUCGUCUGCAACGGCUCCCACGGCAUCUCCGUCGGCUCCCUCGGCCAGUACGUCGGCACCUUCGACAUCGUCGAGAACCUGUACAUCUACAACACCACCAUGUCCAACGCCUCGGACGGCGCCCGCAUCAAGGUCUGGCCCGGCAUCAACACCCCCUUCCAGCCUUCCCUCUCCGGCGGCGGCGGCUCCGGAUACGUCAAGAACGUCACCUACGACACCUUCCACCACAACAACAACGACAACGCCAUCACCAUCGAUCAGUGCUACGGUCAGAAGAACCAGACCAUCUGCAACCAGUACCCCUCCAACAUGACCAUCAGCGACAUUUACUUCAAGAACCACGAUGGCACCGCCUCCAAGAAGUACGACCCUCGCGUCGGCACCCUGGUCUGCAGCAGCACGGAGAAAUGCACCAACAUCAACGCCGACAACGUCGACGUCAAGACCCCGAGCGGCAAGACGGCCCAGUGGCUGUGCACCAACCUCGAUCUGCCCAACGUCAACUGCGUGAGCGCGGUGACCAAGAGCUAA